CUGGGCGCGCGCGGCAGCAGUUGGACUGCGGCGGGCAGCUCUCCUUUACCCCCCUUCGAGGCGUCCCUCUUCACUGCUCUUCUACCUCGCGCAGUAUGUCGGGCCGCGGCAAGACCGGCGGCAAGGCCCGCGCCAAGGCCAAAUCGCGCUCAUCGCGCGCCGGCCUCCAGUUCCCAGUGGGCCGCGUGCACCGGCUGCUGCGGAAGGGCCACUACGCCGAGCGGGUGGGCGCCGGCGCGCCGGUGUACCUGGCGGCGGUGCUCGAGUACCUCACCGCGGAGAUCCUGGAGCUGGCGGGCAACGCGGCCCGCGACAACAAGAAGACGCGGAUCAUCCCCCGCCACCUGCAGCUGGCCAUCCGCAACGACGAAGAGCUCAACAAGCUGCUGGGCGGCGUGACGAUCGCCCAGGGAGGCGUCCUGCCCAACAUCCAGGCCGUGUUACUGCCCAAGAAGACCAGCGCCACCGUAGGGCCGAAGGCGCCCGCGGGCGGCAAGAAGGCCACCCAGGCCUCUCAGGAGUACUGAGGGGCGCCCGCGCCGCAGCCGGCCCCCCCAUGCCAUCACAAAGGCCCUUUUAAGGGCCACCACCGCCCUCACGGAAAGAGCUGAGCCACGUCGGGCUCGGGGCGGGCGGCCGCGGCGCUCGGCUCCCCCCCUCCCGCGUCGUCGCCGCCGCCGCCGCCGCCCCUCCCCCGCGCGGGCUCGCCGGCC